CGGGCGGCAGAAGAACAGAACGCGGAUCGAGCAAAUAAUUUUGCAUCACUCUGACUAGACCCAUCAGCUAGCAAAGGAAAAAUGAGCAAGCCUUCCCAUAGAGUAGUGCUUGCGAGGCUUGUUUUAUACCUAAACUUGCUACUUUGGCAGGUUUUGGAACUCAAAUCCCAGGCUCCACCGCCUCCACCGCCUGCACCAGAACUCCCAGAUGAUGAAGUGCAAGCUCUCAGAACCGUGAGAGACAAGUUGGGAUUGAAGGCAGCGACAUUUAUAUAUAAUACAUAUUGCCAGGGUCGUGUCUUCACUUACGGUUAUUCCUUCCGUUGUAAUUGUACCUACGACAACAACAGGGUUUGUCAUAUCAUAAGCAUCUCCAUAAACAACUUAGGUUUAACUGGAGUUAUACCAGAUGAAGUGGCUGAUCUUCGGUACCUGGAGUCCCUCGUCCUAUCCGGCAAUAAACUUUAUGACUCCAUACCAGCUGCAUUGGGGAACUUGAAUAAUCUCGAAACCUUGGAUCUAUCAAGUAAUCAACUGACUGGCUCAAUACCAGACUUGGGAGGAUUGCAGAACCUUAAGUAUCUAUAUCUACAGUACAACUUGCUGCAAGGCUCUAUACCACGAACCUUGGGUUCACUGGAAAAUCUCCGGCAACUGUAUCUCCAGUUUAAUAGGUUAUCGGGCUCAAUUCCUGAUGAAUUGGGAAAUCUCGUCAAGCUUAAUAUGUUGGAUAUUUCUGAGAACCAGCUCACUGGUCCGCUUCCCAAAACACUUGGAAAUUUGAGUUUCCUCAACGGCUUCUGGGCCAUAGCCAAUUCCUUGAGUGAUAAAUUUCCGGACACUUAUGGGAACCUUACAAGGCUAACACGUUUUUAUAUAUCCGGGAAUGAUAUCUCUGGUCCAUUACCUGUUGACAUCAUAAAGAACUGGACUAAUAUCCAAGCUCUGUCACUCAUGGGAAACAAUUUUAAAGGAAAUUUGACUGAAGAAGUAUUCAAUUUGCCAAACCUUGAAUAUCUGAUGGUAAGUGACCUGGAAGAUGCUACUUUCGAGCUACCAUCAAACAUUACGAAUACCAACUAUGUUUAUCUGGUACUGAGGAACUGCUCAAUCAUUGGUUCAAUCCCCAAAUACAUUGGUGAUCAAAUGACAUCUCUAAAGCACUUAGAUUUGAGUUUCAACAGCUUAACUGGUGGACUCCCAGAGUAUAGGAAAUCAGAUUUACUUGUUUACAUGUCUUUUUCCACAAAUAUGCUUAGUGGGAUGAUACCUGCUUGGAUCCUUGGGGAAGUCCAAACUAGGAUAGAUCUAUCAUUCAAUGAUUUGUCAGCAUUGGACUCUGGAGUACCAACAAACCCAGAUCUGAACUUGUUCGCUUGUUGCCGCAACUCCUCAGCCACUGAACCAGAAAUGAGGGAUCCAUUAGAAAUGAUGAAUACAUAUUGUCCGGGAAAGGAAAAAAAAUACCAUUCUUUGUUUAUUAACUGUGGUGGUGGAGAAACAACUGUUAAUGGAGUUACUUAUGAGCAAGAUAACGCCACAGCACCCUUCUUCACAAGUCCAAAUAAAAACUGGGCUUAUAGCUCUUCUGGAAAUUUUUUGGAAGGAAAUGCCAAUUCUAGUGAUUACACCAAGAACAUGACAUGUGGAGUUUCUGUUGCCGAGGCACCUUUGUAUGAUAGAGCUCGUCUUUCCCCUGUAUCUCUCAAGUACUAUGCUUUCUGUCUACGUGAAGGCAAAUAUAAUGUGAUGCUCAAGUUUGCUGAAAUUUUAUACACCGAAGAUACAGACUAUACCAGUUUGAGGAAGCGUGCAUUCGAUAUUUAUAUUCAGGAUGACAAGUUUAAGGUGCUACAUGAUUUCGACAUUAGAGAGCAGGCAAGAGGUCCAGAUAAACCAAUUACCAGAAAUUUUACAGCUGUGGUAGAUAAAAAUAAGACUCUAUUGACGAUCCACAUGUACUGGGAUGGCAAGGGGUCUAGUGGGUAUGGACCUGCUUUUAAUGGACCUCUAAUAUCAGCUAUUUCCGUGACUCCUGAAUUCAAAGUUCACAAUGAGAAACUACGUCCCUUACAUAAUGCACUGAUUGGGAUAGGUUCAACCAUUAUUCUUGUGCUGCUUUUAUUGCCUUUUGUCUGGAUGGGCUGGUUGAGAAGCAGAAACUCACCCAAAAUAAAAGUAGGUGAAGAAAAAAAAGAGGAAGGGACUCAAGACAAACAUGUCACCCUCAAAGAAUUAAUAGAUGCUACCGGAAAAUUUAGCGACAAAAGUAUAAUUGGUAGUGGCAGUCUUGGGAAAGUUUAUAAGGCACAACUACAAGGACAGAUUAAAACUACUGUAGCUGUGAAGAGACUUUCCUCUCAUUUUAAAGAAAAUAUCCAAAAAUUGAAAAAGGAAAUCAAAUGGUUAUAUGAAUUGAAGCAUGAAAAUCUCAUUAAAUUGUUCGAUUAUCAUAUUGAGAAAGACCUCCAACUUCUUGUUUAUGAAUACAUGGAAAACAGAUCCCUGGAAGAUGCCUUGACUGUCGACUCAAAUACCAGAUCAUUGAAAUUUACUUGGGAUACUAGAUUCAAGAUUUGCUUGGGAAUAGCAAGGGGUUUGGAGUAUCUACACAAUCAUCGUAAACUAAAUAUUGCUCAUAUGAAUAUUAAAGCUGUUAAUAUUCUUCUUGAUGGAGAUCUUGAGCCAAAGAUAUCAGAUUUUGGAUUGGCACAUCUUUAUGUUGAUGAGAAUCAAUUUAAGGUCAUCAAAAGAGAAGUUUCACAAGGAUAUAUGGCACCCGAAUAUUUUCAAGGAAAUUUGACGAUUAAAGCUGAUGUUUACAGCUUUGGGGUGAUCCUACUUGAAAUUGUUUCUUGGAAAAAAAAUGUGAUCAAAUCACACAAUGGAACUGAGGUUCUUGUGGACACGGCUAAUGAAAAACAUGAACAAGGAAAUCUCAAGGACAUGAUUGAUAAAAAUUUGGAAAAUUGUGAUACACAACAAGCCCUGACCAUACUGCAAUUAGCAGUGAAGUGCACCAGUAUAGCCCCUAGCGUGAGGCCUUCAAUGUCUGACGUUGUGAGUGUUCUUCUAAAUAAAAAGAGGAUUGACGAGCUUUUUAGAUCUGCUUCCCCUAAUGUUGGGGAAAAGAUCAAGGGUAGCGGGCACCUUGCUUAUGCUGAUUCCUUGGGCGCCACUUCUAUUGACCUUACACCAUCAACUUCAUCUCCUUCUACCAAAACCAAAGCUGAAUUGGAAAGUAUUUCUGUAGAUGUUCCUAUGAAAUCCUGAGGCAAAUUUGCGGACGCUAGUUAUGGUCUAGCAAUUGCUAAUUAAGUUUAAUAGUGACCUAUGGACCAGCUGGCUUGCUUUAUAUUUUAUAUCUGUUGUUUUUGUUGUAGCUAGUAGUAGUUGUUAUAUCUAUUGCUAUUGUUCUUUUUCUUGAACUUAAUUGAUUGAAGGUUCCUGUUUUCUGCCACGAGUAUAUGUGGCUGAGAUCAGUUAAUCGA